UAGAGCCCUCUCUAGAACACAGAGUGCUCUGCCUUGCUCUGUAUGAGUGAUUCGGCCCAGCCAGCUGAGCUGCCUCAGUUGGUAGAGCCCUCUCUAGAACACAGAGUGCUCUGUCUUCCUCUGUAUGAGUGAUUCGGCCCAGCCAGCUGAGCUGCCUCAGUUGGUAGAGCCCUCUCUAGAACACAGAGUGCUCUGUCUUGCUCUGUAUGAGUGAUUCUGUUAUAUAUAGGUGAAAGACCUAUCAAAGGAGGAGAGAAAAGAAAGACUUACAAAAAUUCAGGAGACCUUCCAGAAGGCCAGGGAGUAUAGUGAUGACAAGGUCCAGAUUGCCAUGCAGAUGUAUGAGAUGGUGGAUAAGCAUAUUCGGAGGUUGGAUAGCGACUUGUCCCGGUUCGAGCAGGAGCUAAAGAUGAAGGAGCCAGGAAUGAGGCGAACCUCCAUAUCCUCCAUCGCUGAAAUGGCCCCACCCUCUCUUCAUAACAAGGGCAGGAAACGAAGUACCAUAAUUGAAACUGCUGGAGGAUCGAGAAAGAAAAAGUUGGCAUCGACUUCGGAAGAGCCAAGUACAUCAGUAAACAGCCCAGUUCAUUCUGUCCCAUCAGGAGCUGGAGGACCCACCGAUGUACUGGACAUGCCAGUCGACCCUAAUGAACCAACAUACUGCCUCUGUCAUCAGGUGUCAUUUGGUGAAAUGAUAGGAUGUGAUAAUCCUGAAUGCCCAAUUGAAUGGUUUCACUUUCAAUGUGUCGGUCUCACUUCUAAGCCCAAAGGAAAAUGGUAAGAAGAAUUCACGUUCGGUUUCUGCUGACUGAGCUCAUUGCCAUGUUGUUUAGGUACUGCCCCAAGUGUAGUCAAGACAGGGACAAGUCAAAGAAGAAAUUUUAAUCCAAGACUGUGAUUAGCCAAUGAUUUAGAUCACCACCACAAAACGUAUACCUGUGAUUUCCAUUUUCCAGACUCC